AUGGAUAACCAGGUGCUGGAGCAGAAGGUGAUCAAUGAGGAGUACAAGGUAUGGAAGAGGAAUGUGCCAUAUCUAUAUGAUCUUAUGUUCUGCCACACUCUACAAUGGCCAUCUCUCUCUGUCCAGUGGUUUCCAGAUGUGAGGAGGGAUGAGGAGGCAGGAAGAACAACACAGAGAUUACUUCUAAGCACCCAUACGAGCGGAAGCGAGGACGAAUACAUAAUCAUAGCCAAUGUGGAGUUUCCGGAUGAAUUUGAUGAGUCUCUGAACGAGGAGGUUAGUGGAGAUAUGAGAUUCAAGAUUGUCCAAAGGAUUUCUGUCAUGGAUGAAGCCAAUAGAGUCAGAUAUAAUCCGUCUGCAUGCAACAUACUAGCAGUGCGUUCUGACCUUUCAGACGUACACAUCUACGACUAUACAAAGCAUCUGUCCCACGAAAAGAUCCCGAAGCCCGACAUGGUUUUGAGAGGGCACGAGAGGGGAGGAUUUGGGCUAUCGUGGAACAGUCUGAGUUCCGAGGAGAUUGCAAGCUGUGGAGAAGACGGAAGAGUAUGUGUGUUUGACAUAUCACAGGAAUCCUCCUUGGUUUCUCCUACACUAACGUUAAGGCAGCACAAAGCAGCUGUUAAUGAUUGCUCGUUCAGCUUUUUCGAUAAGAGACUGCUGUCAUCUGUUGGGGAUGAUGGGGCCCUAAUGUUCUAUGAUACAAGAGCUGGAGACUGCGUAGACCUUGUUGAAGAGGCACAUACCUCUGAUGUCCUUUCGGUAAGCUUUUCUCCGCUGGAUGGGAAUGUUGUUGCUACAUCGUCUGGGGACAAAUCCGUAAAGGUGUGGGAUAGAAGAAGUCUUUCCUACCCACUGCAUGUGCUCUUGGGGCAUUCGAAAGACGUGCUGAAUGUAGAGUGGUCUCCGCACCGCAGCGGGAUACUUGCAUCUGGAAGCGCAGACAGAAGGGUGAUUGUGUGGGACCUAAGCCAGGUCAAUGCACAAGUCCCUGAGGAGUAUGGGGCGGAAGGGCCACCUGAAAUGAGAUUCUUGCAUGGGGGCCAUACGAGUACUGUCUGUGAUAUCUCUUGGAACCCUGCGGAGCCGUUUGAGAUUGCAAGUGUCUCCGAGGAUAACAUGUUGCAGAUAUGGCAGACGCUACAGCCUGAAUGA